UCAGACAUCAAAUGCUUGUUAGAAGAGAGAGAAGCUACAAUCGACUUUGGCCACUCUCCUAAAUUGAGACUCGUUUUCGCGCCACAUAGUACAGUGCAGGUGGAUUAACCAGGUUUUAAUUCUGAAAGAAACACCGUCAAAUGGCAAGGAUCCCGGCGACAAAUAGCAAAAUUGCGAUGAAGAAGGAUCAGCCGAUUUAGCCGAGGACGUUAAUCAAGGGCAUAAGAGAAGACUGGCUGGUCAGCGCGUGUAGUACUACGAUGUGGAGACGAGGAACAGGGCGCUUCACUACUGCUACGAUACCACUGUUCCUUUAAUACUGAACGCUGCCGUCUCUCUUGAGUUAGUGUACAAUUAAUUGUUGUAACGAUUGUUUAACCAGGAGUGGAUACAUUUCAAGUCAGGACAUCCCACAGUAACUUGCUAGGAAUAUACUCUCUGCACUGCAAUCAUUGACAACUGUUGGCGCUGAAGCCGGCGAGAGGCUGGGUGUACCAUGGGCUGCAAUAUAUCCAGUGAUGUGAAGAAAGAAGCAAACGAAUUAGACAAUUACCUCAGUAAUGAAGAAGUGGAUCUUGUCCGGAAGAGCUGGAAAGCAAUAGAAAAUGAUCUGGACGACACUGGGAUGAUUAUGUUCAAAAGAUUCUUCGAACAGCAGCAGGAAAUGAAGAAACUGUUUAAGAGGCUAUUGUCAAAUUCAGAAUCAGGCAACUUUAUUUUUGACGACGAUAGGCUUCGGGGCCACGCCAGGAUCGUUAUGAACAGUUUAGGGGCUGCAGUUGACAGCCUGGAUGAUUCCUCAAGCUUGAGCGGUAUGCUGGUGGCGCUGGGAGAGAAACACGCGGCCUACAACGUGAAAGGGGAAAUGAUUUCUUUCCUGUGGCCUGCUAUCAGAGACGCGUUUAAGGUGAAGCUUGGGGACCAAUUCACACAGGAGACUGAGUUGGCAUGGCGUCAUGUUUUUGAAUAUAUAAAAAGCAAUUUAUCUGAAGGCAUCAAGCAAGGGGAACUAGAACUUAUGGAAACCGGAGAAGACAAGUCCGUGGUGUUUUAAAAAACUACUGUCCCCCAAACAGCCUGAUUUGAAUGUUUAAACAACAGCGACGUUCCACAUUGCAGAAAUCAAUAGAUGACCAAGGUGUGACUGGUGUCAUUAUAUUUGUGCAUUAUGCAGACUUGGAUGUAUAGAAUGUUCAACAGAAGAUUUAAUUAACUGUCACAGCUAUUUUGUCAAUCUGUUAUCGAGUUAUGUGGCAUCAGACAUGGCGGCAGAAGUUCCGUGCCCGUGAGAGGGAUUGGGGAGGAGACAUGCAGCGAACGGAUGCCCUAUAGAAAGUUUGAGCGAACAUGCGCCAAUCAAUCUCAUAAUACUCCUUUAUUACCGUGCUUCGAGCGAGAGAUGUGAUUCAAUUUUUAGUUCGUCUCCAAAACCUCUUGAAAUUCCAAUCACAAUAUAGCAAAUAUUUAGCAAGAAAAAAUUCUUUUCCGUCGACAAAAAUCUCAGCUUAGAUUGAAAGAAGCUAUCAUUGUUCCGAAUCGUAUAUAAUUGUAGUAUGCAGGAGACGGCAACGGUGUUCUGGCACAAGUUUGAAAUACCAAGAUUACAACAAAAUCAUAAUUAUAUAUCCACCUUCACAUAUAACAGAUAGAGGUAUGACGUAAUGUGGUAAAAGAUGAGGUACCAGAACGUGAAUAAUCUGUGAUUCUAUUGGAAUAAGUCACAGACUUGACAAUGUCACCACAGUGAUCGCUGUGUGAACAUGAGCUGGCCCAUGUAAUACUGAACAUGGGCCUACGAUGUCAAUGACGUGUGACCUUUCAUGAAAAUAUUUCAUAUAUUGUGCUUGACCUAGAUAUUCUAACAAACGUUAUUGUGUCCAUUGUUCAUUGUUUCUUGAGACGUCAUAAUCAGUGACACCGAGCAAUGUCAUACUCAAGAUGCCGACGUCAAAACAUUCAUUUGUGAAGUCCACAUCAUUCAAACAAGGUAUAAAUAUGUGUGUGAUUUAACUUUGGAUUAUGAAAGCUUGAACGCGAUGUCAACUGCAUAAAUCUCUCCCUCAUCCCCUAUUCGUUCGUUCGUUCAUUCGUGAAGCCUGUCCACAUGGGUCCAAUGUGCGAGGCGGCAUCUUCAAGGCAGUAGAUAAGCAGGAAGAUUGGGGGAUUCUUUCGGAUAGUACAUUCAUCGAUUCCAUCAACCUGGAUUUGAACUGGAUACAUUGUGAGUGACAAGUUGGAAUUGAAAUCGAAAGGAGAAAGGUUCUCUGGAAACAAAACUGAUACUUAUGUUCACUGUCAAUAUUGUGUCGUUUCUCUGUGAACGAAACCUCUCGGAUGAUAUAUUAUAUAUACAUAUAUAUAGUAAGUAAAUGGUAAGUCAA